AUGGAGAAGCCGGCGGCGGCGGCGGCGGCGGCGACGAGCGGGGAGAACGAGGCGGAGAGCCGGCAGGUCCCGGACUCGGAGCGGGGCGGGGAGCCGGCCCGGCUCAACCUGUUGGACACUUGCGCCGUGUGUCGCCAGAACAUCCAGAGCCGCGCGCCCAAGCUGCUGCCCUGCCUGCACUCCUUCUGCCAGCGCUGCCUGCCCGCCCCGCAGCGCUACCUCAUGCUGCCCGCCCCGGUGCUGCCCGCCGACACGGGACCCGCCGGACCCGCCGCCCCCGGCCCCCCCGGGACCUCCCCCGCCGGCCCCGCCGCGCCGCCCUACGGCGCCCAAGCCCUGCCUGCCCGCAAGGGUUUGCAGUCCAGAGCACAGGAGGACCAGCUCCCCUCCCUCACCCCUUCUGCAGCGGUUGGCGUUAUCCGCUGUCCCGUCUGCAGCCAGGAAUGUGCGGAGAGGCAUAUUAUAGAUAACUUUUUUGUGCGGGACACCACCGAGGUUCCCAGCAGUACAGUGGAAAAAUCCAAUCAGGUGUGCACAAGCUGUGAAGACAACGCAGAAGCCAAUGGGUUUUGUGUGGAGUGUGUUGAGUGGCUCUGCAAAACCUGCAUCAGGGCCCACCAGAGAGUCAAAUUUACAAAGGACCACACGGUCCGGCAGAAAGAAGAAGUGUCCCCAGAAGCCGUCGGCGUGACCAGUCAGCGUCCUGUCUUUUGCCCGUAUCACAAGAAGGAGCAGCUGAAACUCUACUGCGAGACCUGCGACAAGCUGACGUGCCGGGACUGCCAGUUGCUAGAGCACAAAGAGCACAGGUAUCAAUUCAUUGAAGAAGCUUUUCAGAACCAGAAAGUCAUCAUUGACACAUUAAUCACAAAGCUGAUGGAAAAAAACAAGUACAUCAAAUUCACAGGGAAUCAGAUCCAAAAUAGAAUAAUUGAAGUCAAUCAAAAUCAAAAGCAAGUGGAGCAGGAUAUUAAAGUUGCUAUAUUUACCUUGAUGGUAGAAAUCAACAAAAAAGGAAAAGCUCUGCUACAUCAGCUGGAGAGUCUGGCCAAGGAUCACCGGAUGAAACUGCUGCAGCAGCAGCAGGAGGUAGCCGGACUUUCCAAACAGCUGGAGCACGUCAUGCAUUUUUCCAAAUGGGCGGUUUCCAGCAGCAGCAGCACAGCGUUGCUAUACAGCAAGCGCCUGAUUACCUAUCGGCUGCGAUACCUCCUGCGAGCCCGGUGCGAUGCUUCGCCGGCGACCAACACCUCCAUCCAGUUUCACUGUGAUCCCAGCUUCUGGGCCCAAAACAUUUUCAACCUCGGCUCUCUGGUCAUCGAAGAUAAGGAAAGCCAGCCCCAUCUCCCGAAGCAGACACCGGCGGUGGAGCCGAGCGCCCAGCCCACGGGCGCCUUCGCUCCCAACCAGCUGUCCAAGUUCCCCACCCAGAUCAGCCUCGCCCAGUUACGCCUCCAGCACAUGCAGCAGCAAGUUAUGGCGCAGAGGCAGCAGGUGCAGCGGAGGAGCGUGCCCGGGCCGUUACCGAGCCCCAGGGCGCAGGGCGCCGUCCAGCAGCCCGCCAACUCCCAUCAGCAGCCCCCUCCUCGUCUGAUAAACUUUCAGAACCACAACCCUAGGCCGAAUGGUCCAGUACUUCCUCCUCAUCCUUCGCAACUGAGAUUUCCUCCAAACCAGAACCUACCACGGCCGGCUGUAAAACCCAACCCGUUGCAGAUGGCGUUUUUGGCCCAGCAAGCCAUAAAACAGUGGCAGAUCAGUAGCGGCCAAGCAGCCGCUGCCCCAUCGAGCGCUAGCAGCACAACUGCCACACCUUCCAGCCCCACCAUCACCAGUGCCGCCGGUUUGGAUGGGAAGACGUUCGGUCUCCCCAUGAUCGAUCUGAAUUCCCCCAUGGGAAGCACCUAUACCCUUCCGUCUCUUCCCGACAUUGACUGUUCAAGCACUAUUAUCCUGGACCCCGUUUUGAGGAAAGAUGGCAGCAUGGAGCAUAACCAACCGAGACCCCCUUCAAACAGGACAGUGCAGUCACCCAAUUCAUCUGUGCCAUCUCCGGGCCUCUCAGGGCCGGUAACGAUGACUAGCGUCCACCCCCCGAUUCGCUCCCCGAGUGCCUCCAGCGUUGGGAGCAGAGGGAGCUCCGGUUCCUCCAGCAAACCGACAGGAGCCGACUCUACCCACAAAGUUCCCGUCGUCAUGCUGGAGCCGAUCCGGAUCAAACAAGAGAGCAGCGGGCCUCACGAAAACUACGAUUUUCCCGUUGUUGUCGUGAAGCAAGAAACGGAGGAAGAACCUAGACCCAAUACCAACUUCUCAAGAAGUAUACUCACCUCCCUUCUCCUGGAUAGCAGUCACAGCUCCCCGCCGGAGGACGGGGCCCUCAGAACGGACGCCCCAGAUAGCACCGGGGACCGGCCCGGCCUCCGCCAGGCCGGGACGGCGGCGGCCAACGGGAAGGCGGCCUGGAUCGGGGCUACGCAGAAGUCACCGCUCCACGGCGGGGAAAGCCGGAAGGAGGAGGAUCCCAACGAGGACUGGUGUGCCGUGUGUCAGAACGGGGGGGAACUCCUGUGCUGCGAGAAGUGUCCCAAGGUGUUCCACCUCUCCUGCCACGUGCCGACGCUCAUGAGCUUCCCCAGUGGAGAGUGGAUUUGUACCUUCUGUCGGGACUUAUCCAAGCCAGAAGUGGAAUACGACUGCGAUGAUCCCAGUCAGGAUUCCGAGAAAAGGAAAACGGACGAUCACGAGGGAUUGAUGCCAAUCGAUCGAAGGAAGUGCGAACGGCUGCUCCUGUUCCUUUACUGUCAUGAAAUGAGCUUGGCUUUCCAAGAUCCAGUUCCUCCCACGGUGCCCGAUUACUACAAGAUCAUUAAGAGACCCAUGGACCUGUCAACCAUCAAGAAGAGACUCCAGGUGAAUUUCCCCACGUACAACAAGCCGGAAGACUUUGUGGCCGAUUUCCAGCUGAUUUUCCAAAACUGCGCCGAGUUCAAUGAGCCCGACUCGGAGGUGGCCAGCGCCGGCCUCAAACUCGAAAGCUAUUUCGAAGAGCUCCUGAGAAACCUCUACCCCGAGAAGAAGUUCCCCAAACCGGAAGUGAAGAGCGAAGCGGAAGAGACCAGACGGAGCGACGACUCGGACGACGACAUCGUGCAGCCCCGGAAGAAACGCCUCAAGAGCCUCGACGAGCGGCUCCUGCUCAAGUGAGCGGCCGUCACCGGCGGGUGCUCGGAAAAGCCCGGCCCGCCGACGGGGAGGAGCCCCCGUGAUUGGGACCUGGGGGUUUGUGGGUGUUCUACUCCUUUCUCAGCCCUUCUUCCCCUCCCUGCCCCCCAACACUGACGGGAAGGAAGCAUCUUCCCACCCCAAGAUCUCGGGAGAAAAAGCCAGCAGGGAAGAGGGCCGCUUGGAUCUUUCCGACAGCAGGGAGAUUAAAAAAAACUCCAUCCCG